AUGAUGCCAGAAUACCUUUUUGAGCCGUCUCAAUCUAUGGACGGAAACACUGUCUCUUUCAAUUCAUACUGUGAAUCAGACGGUACUUUAAAUGAACUAGGAAUACCUCAAGAGUUUGCUGGUAUUUUUGAUUCAGCUGUUCCUAGUUUCAAACCUGCAAACCCAAUUCCCAUUCCUCAAUACUACAUUCCUAUGAGACCAGCUCAAUUCGGCCUCGGCCACAAUUAUUUUGUCUCAGGCGAAGAGCAAGAAAACUAUGAACUGUUAGCACAGUCAUUGGAAUCGAAUUUGAACAAUGUCGAAAUGAACUACAACUUUGAGAAUAGCCUACGAUACAUGAACUUGCAGCAUGAAUACCUAAGACAGGAUAUGUCUUUUAAUCCUGUUCCGGAAUUGGAAUCUGUAUUCAGCGACUCUGCAAUAAACACUCCAAAUAUCCUGUCGGUUCCCAUUCUGAUGAAUCAAUCAUUUGAAAGUGGUGCUCAACCUUUCUUCAUGGCAGCCGGUGAAGAUUCAGACAUGAAUUUCAACAGAUCAAGAACACCCUUACCAGCAAAAAAAUCGAAUGAUUCUGGAUCAUCUAAAAAGCAUAAACGUAAGCACAUCAUGGCGAGAUCGAGAACGGGUUGUUGGAUAUGCAGAAUUAAACACUUAAAAUGCGAUGAGAUACGCCCAACUUGCAACAAUUGCACAAGAUUUGGGAUUUGUUGUGAUUAUUCUGAAGCUCGCCCAGCAUAUGUGCUGAACAGUUUUCUCAGACGGGAGAAACUCAAUUCUAUCACAACUAAAAAACGACGCAGAAUUUCAGACUAG